AUGGAAGUUGGCAACAUAACCACAGUCACUGCGUUUGUUCUCCUAGGACUACUCAACAACCCUCAGAUCCAGGUAGUACUAUUUGUAAUAUUACUGGUGAUUUACAGUUCCCUAACAGGAAACCUGCUGAUGCUGCUGGUGAUCAGGACUAGUUGCCAUCUCUGCACCCCCAUGUACUUCUUCCUCAGUCACGUCUCCUUCCUGGAUGCUUUCUAUUCCUCAAUCAUGCCUAAGCUGCUAGAGAACCUUCUUUCCAAGUGGAAGACUAUAACGCUCCUUCAGUGUUUCACCCAGAUCUCCUUGGUCGUAUUUUCCAGGGCCACUGAAGCUUGCCUUCUUUCAGUCAUGGCCUGUGACCAGUUCCAGGCCAUGUGCCACCCAGUGCUGUAUGUGGUGGCUAUGAACAAAAAGGUGUGUACUGGCCUGGUGGGAGCAUCCUGGGCCAUAGGAAUGGGGAUGGACCUUGUUAACACCAUCCUCCUUGCUCAACAUCACUUGUGAAGCCCCAACCUCAUUCACAGUUUUGCCUGCGAGCUUGCCCCAGUGCUAGUGUUGAUCUGUUCUGAGCCCUACUUUAACAUUGCCUCCAUCCUGACCACCAUGGUGGUCCUGGGCCUUGGUACCCUUGUCCUAUUGCUGGGAUCCUACACCCGUAUCAUGACAGCUGUGGGGAUCAACUCUGCCACGGGUCAGAGCAAGAUCUUCUCUACCUGCUCAUCUCAUUUUCUUGUGGUCACCAUCCUUUAUGGUUCAGGAGUUUUCAGGUACAUGACUUCAGCUUCUGACUCAGCCCUGGAGCAAGUGCUGUCAGUGCAGUACAGUGUGGUGACCCCGCUGCUAAAGCACCUUAUCUACAGUCUGAAGAACCAGGAGGGGAAGGCAGCUCUGGGGAGAUUUCUGGGCAGGAAUCCCAGGCUUACCUUCUAA